AUGACUUCCCCGAAGCGGGCAGCGGGGCGGGAAGGGUGCGGGUGCUGGGCCGCCGUCGCGCGGGGCCUCCGCGGGGCGUGCUUCCGGCCGGCGGCGCCGGCGGACGGUGAUGGCGGCGGCUCCGCCAAGGGCAGCCACGUUCACGACGCAGUAGCAGAGACAAGAUAUCUGAAUGCUAACAAUCGGGAGCUUGGUGAUCAUUUUCGGACAAAACAUGAUGGUGAAAAUGGUGUUGAUGCAUCAAUUGAAAAGAGAACACCCAAGCUACUUCAGUUUACCUUUCAAGAGUUGAAAUCUGCCACCCUUAACUUCAGGCCAGACAGUAUUCUUGGGGAGGGUGGGUUCGGUUAUGUCUUCAAGGGGUGGAUUGAGCCAAACAGCACUGCUCCUGCAAAACCUGGCACAGGGGUUACUGUGGCAGUCAAAAGUUUGAAGCCAGAUGCGCUUCAAGGUCAUAGAGAAUGGGUGGCAGAAGUUGACUUUCUGGGACAGUUGCAUCAUAAACACCUUGUUAAGCUGAUUGGAUAUUGUAUUGAGGAUGAUCAAAGGUUACUUGUAUAUGAAUUCAUGGCACGGGGAAGUCUUGAAAAUCAUCUUUUCAGAAGGGCUCUUCCCCUACCUUGGUCCAACAGAAUGAAGAUUGCUCUAGGUGCCGCGAAAGGACUAGCCUUCCUCCAUGGAGGUCCCAAACCUGUUAUUUACAGGGAUUUUAAGACAUCGAAUGUUCUUCUUGAUGCGGAGUACAACGCAAAACUAUCUGAUUUUGGUUUAGCAAAAGCUGGUCCUCAGGGUGAUAAAACUCAUGUAUCUACUCGGGUUGUUGGCACCUAUGGUUAUGCUGCACCAGAGUAUGUAAUGACAGGGCACUUGACAUCUAAGAGUGAUGUCUAUAGCUUCGGAGUUGUGCUACUCGAGAUGUUGACUGGGAGAAGAUCAAUGGACAAGAAGCGACCUACAGGGGAGCAGAACCUGGUUGCAUGGGCGAGGCCUUACCUAAAUGAUCGCCGAAGGCUCUAUCAGCUCGUAGAUCCUCGCUUGGGGCUGAACUACUCUGUCAAAGGGGUGCAAAAGGUUGCUCAGAUCUGCCACUAUUGCCUUACCCGUGAUAGUAAGUCCCGUCCAUCGAUGGAUGAAGUUGUCAAGCAACUCACACCAUUACAAGAUCUAAAUGACAUGGCAUCUGCAUCGCCAAGGCCUCGCUCAACUCAGCGCGCAAAAUUAGCUUUGAUGUUGACUGCCGAUACCUGGAGAUGUGACACCGCCAGAUGUCUCGCUCAGGUCAAUCACACUCUGUUUGGCUGGUUGGCAAAGCGAUAUAAGGAUGUAUCUGGUUGCAACAUGUAA